CUGUUGACCGCUCCGGGCCGUUGCAAGCGGCGUGGGCUGCGUGCCUCGCCUUGAAUCUUUUCAGCAUCACUACUCGGCGGGCAGUUUUCGCGGGGCGGCUGUUGAAGUGCUCUGCCGGCGCUUUCGCCACUGCCCCUGCCCCUGCCCCUGUCUGCUGCCAACCGUCUGCGGGAGGGACUUGAGCCUCUCGAACUGCCGUAUUAACGUCAGUGUAACCAUCGGAAUCACGUCCCGGCUGUCAAGUCGAUAUCCGUCACGCCGCUCCUUUGUUUCGUGAACAACGCUCCCAUUGUUCGGUCCGCCAGGGAGCCGAACGUCGGCCCCUGAUACCAUGGAGCGGCUACAGACCGGGCCAGCUCUCUCCGCGGUUCCCGUCUCCGAGUCGAAGUCAAAGAAACGGAGUCGGGCAGAGACGGAUGCUUCGCCCACAGAAACCUCGGCACCUGCCACGCUUCUCGCGGCGAAACCCGCGGACCCACGGCCCGGCACAGAUCAAGUGCCACGAGCCGCCGCGAAGAACAUCGGCGACUCCUCUCGCAGUCCGUCGCUCGACCCUCCAGCCUCGGCGGCGGCACGGCCUGCCGUUGCUCUCUCUACGAAUCUCAGGGCCAACGCCAGCGCCAGCACGCCCACCUUUUCUCUAGCAGAAAGCAGCUCCCUGUCCGAGACCCUCUCGUCCACGGCGUCGCUGCCCAGCCUGUCCCUGUCCGCGGGAGCGCGCGGCGGCAGUCCUUCGCCACCGUAUAUGUUCUCCGGCUCGUCACGCCCCCCUGACUCGCCAAUUGAGCCCGCCGACGAUGUAGAGGGCAGCACGGACCGGGAUGAGCUGGAGGAGCAGGCCGCGGUGGCGCAGGCCGAGGAGGGCAGCAUCGUCGUCGACAGCGACGACCUGGGCACCGACGACGGCUACGGGACCGACAACAAUACCACGGCGUCCACUUCGCUCGCCGAGAGCGUGCGCGACUACGUCUACGAGAACGGGCGCCGCUACCACCGCUUCCGCGAGGGGCGCUAUAACUUUCCCAACGACGAUGUCGAGCAGCAGCGGGAGGACAUGAAGCACAGCAUGGUCAAGAUGCUCUGCGGCCAGCUCUACUUUGCGCCCAUCGGGGAGCAUCCGCACGAGAUUUUGGACAUUGGCACGGGGACGGGCAUCUGGGCCAUUGAGAUGGGCGAUCUGUUUCCGGGUGCCAACAUCCUCGGCGUGGAUCUCAGCCCCAUCCAGCCCGAGUGGGUGCCUCCAAACGUUCGCUUUAUGGUGGACGACAUAGAAUGGCUCCACCCACGCAACUACUUCGACUACAUCCACUCACGGCACACCGUCAUGGCGAUCAAAGACUGGCCCAAACUGAUGCGCCGCGCUCUAGAACACCUCCGCCCCGGCGGCUGGUUCGAGAUGCAAGAAGUCUACCACUACCCCAUCUCGGCCAACAAUUCCAUGCCGGCCGACCACCCGGUGGCGCAGUACUGGACGCUCAUCAACGAGGGGCUGACGAACCUGGGCGUCAACUUCCACGCGGUGGCGGGGGGCCGGCUGGCCGACAUGAUGCGCGACUGCGGCUUCGUCAACGUGACGGAGCGCGUGCUGCAGAUCCCGCUCGGCACCUGGCCCAAGAACAAGGUGCUCAAGACGGUGGGGCUGUACUGGCGCACCAUCCUGAUCGACGGCAUCCAGGCCAUCGCCCUCGGCCCGCUCACCCGCGGCUGCGGCUGGUCCAGGGAGCAGGUCGAGCUGUUCCUCGUCGACGUCAGGAAGGCGUACCACGACAAUUCCAUGCUGGCGUACAUGCCGCUGCAUCUGGUGUACGGGCAGAAGCCGGCCGCUUAUUGAGUGUUGGUUUUGUUGUUUGGUUUGGCGGAGGGUGCAUGGAUAAAGAUACGUGUUUCACAUCGUUGCGUUUUGGGAGGCCCUGUCGUGCGUCUUAUGAAACGGAUGAUACCACCACGGCUACGGUUGUUUUGUUGGCUGAGACGGGAGUUGGAUUGGCCUUUCUGUUU